AUUGUCUAAGUAACUUAAGAAAAACACAUUAUUAUUUCACAACAUCGUCUCAUUAUUUGGCGGGAAUCCGUUUUGACCGUUUUUUUUACCACACAGUCGGAGUCGCCACUCAAUAACAAAACGGAAUAAAUUGUGAUGAUUUGAUGAAGUUCUUAUUAAUGGACAAACCUCAGAGAACACACAGUACAUGGAAUGGAUAAUUCUCAGACCACCUUUUAGGCAAUGAGGAAAAACAAUGUUUUAGUGUUUGUUAAACCUUUAUUAUUUGUUUAUAAUAUUAAAAUUAAAUGCUUAUGUUUAACCUAGUUUGGUCAAGUCAAGAUUGAAUAAGAUUAUUGACCUAUUAUCGCUAAACUGUGAGUUUAGUUGCUUUUAGUAAUGUUUUUACUGUUCCUUUUUUAUUAACAGGCCUAUUGAUACAUUUAAUGAAGUCAUGUAUUAACUAACAACCGUUAAGUUUUUAGUCUUAUUCCCUGGGCUUUGAGAGUUCCUGUCUACAUUAAAGAAUAUAAUAUUAAAACCAAAAGAUUAUUUUUUAUAGUUAUGGCAGAAAGCAAUCAAGUGGAAGACUAUAAUAUUGACCCGAGAAUUCCUUGUAAAUAUGGAAGUAGUUGUUAUAGAAGAAAUAAAUCACAUUUAGACAAGUUUAAGCAUCCCCCUGGAAUUUGUGAGGAUGAUGCAAACAAUUAUGCUACACCUAGCAAGAAACCAAAGAUGGAUAGUGUCCCUUCUAGUAGUGACUCCUUUGAAAGCUUAGCAGGAGAAAGUAAAGGACAGCCAACAUCCUCAAUCAAAAUAAAUUCAGUUGAAUUUCAACCACAAACCUCACCGAAAAAUGAAAAGAAGGAAUCUUGUAAGAGAAUUGGAGAGGAAAUUAUUGAUAAUGUUGUUGCCACAACUACAGACAAAAUCAGAUGCCCCCAAUCCAAAAAAAUAGAUCUUGGAUGUAAUGCCCAGGAAGUAAUUAAAAAGCUGUUUCUCGUAGACAUGCCUGAGGAUUUUUUUAGCUUUUGGAAUAUGUGUGUGAAACUGAAAAGCACCGAUCCUGCAAAUGCGUUGACAGAUAUUAAAUUAAAACUUGUUGGACCCUUUGAUGUAAUGGCAGGAAAAGUAAAAGAUGUUUUUGAAGAAGAUUUACCAGGCUUUCUGAGACAUUGGCGAUUUUAUUAUGAUCCUCCGGAAUGUCAGACAGUUUUGGCGAGCACACUCCCAUCCUGCUACCACAUUGGAUACUACAGAGAUGAUCCAAAAGAAUUGCCAGUAUUUGUUGUCAACAACUCACUUAACAGUAAAAACCCUGAGAAGAAUGGUGAACUAAAAGUUAUGGGACCAAACUUAUUUGCAGCUUUCAAUGCUUAUUUAGAAGAGCUAAAAGCUGAUCCAUUUUCAAGAAUGAAAAUUCCAAAAUACCAGAAGAUUUUAAAGGAAUGGACAAACAAGGAAGGGUUUUGUCUAGAUAAAACUAAUAAGCAGAUGGAGGCAAGGGCUCGCAAGGUUGUUGCAAAAACAUUUCAUAAUGCAGGAAUUGUUGUCCCUGUUGACAAGAAAAAUGAUGUCGGUUACAGGGAACUGGCUGCUUCAAACGUCACAAUUAAGAAGAUCUUGAAAGGUAUUGUGGAGAGCAAAAGUGAAGAGGAGAGGACAAAAUAUUGGGAACAGCUCCAACCAGUAAUGACUUUUGCCAACAUUGCUAAUGACGAGUGUGACUUCGGUACUUGCUUAGAACUGGGACUGGACCUCUUCAGCUACGGCAAUGAACUGCUUCACCGCAGCAUUCUGCAGCUGCUGCCCACUACGUACAACCUGCUGCAGAGGCCACAGUUUGCUGCUAUCAUACAGGCUCACCUUGAAGACAGGAGGAAAGGAAACAAAUUGAGCAUUCUCUAGUAUCAGCAGUUUAAAAUAUUCUUAUUUAAAGUGUUCCACAAAUAUGAAUAAUUUAUCAGUAUUUUCUUCUGCACAAGUAAAUGUACGGAUUAUAAUUUGGUCGUGUAUUAUUUAACUUAUUUAAAAAAAAAUUAGAUCUAAGUUCUGUUUUCAAUUUUGUAAUAAAGAAAUAAAA